AUGGCGAGCGACUUCUACCUCCGCUACUACGUGGGGCAUAAGGGCAAGUUCGGCCACGAGUUCCUCGAGUUCGAGUUCCGGCCCGACGGGAAGCUGCGCUACGCCAACAACAGCAACUACAAGAACGACGUCAUGAUCCGAAAAGAGGCUUACGUGCAUAAGAGCGUGAUGGAGGAGCUGAAGAGAAUAAUCGACGACAGUGAAAUCACAAAAGAAGAUGAUGCUCUAUGGCCUCCUCCCGACAGAGUUGGUCGACAGGAGCUUGAAAUAGUAAUCGGUGAUGAGCACAUCUCCUUUACCACGUCAAAAAUCGGUUCACUCAUUGAUGUAAAUCAGUCCAAGGAUCCAGAAGGCUUGAGAGUGUUCUACUACCUGGUCCAGGACCUUAAGUGUCUAGUCUUCAGUCUUAUUGGACUACACUUCAAGAUUAAGCCAAUUUAAAUCAAACAAACUGAAGUUUGUAUUGCAAUGUCUGUACGGGG